GACAUUUGACGUGAAAAGAUCAAAUGUCAAAUGAAGCGUCAAUUCAUCAAAUUUAAAAAUUUGUUUAUAUAAAACGGUUUAAUUAUAAUUGUAUAUAUUUUAUUAAAAUGAGUCAAAUAUAUAAGAUACUGAAAAAAGUACAAAUGAGUAAGGCUGCACAUCAAAAACAAUUAAAAAUUCUCAGAAUGUACUAUGAUAAGAUUCCUCUGGAAGAUUUCUUUGAGGAAAUUAGAAUUGUUUUGAGGCAUGUCCUUAGUAUCAAUACGAUAUACCAAAAAAAUUGUUAUGCAGAAAGAAUUCUUGAGUUCUUGGCACAAUUUGUAGCAGAUGUGACGCCUGAAGGAACAGAGGAUGAUAUCUCUGAUGAAUGUACUCACCCCUUUCUAACGCUAAUUAUUACAGACACACUUAAGUACCACAAUUUAGUACAUGAGUACCACCGUUACAAUUCAUGUCUAUUUGUUAGACUUAUAUUACAAUGUAUAGGAUCUGAUAAAAACCUAGACAAUGAAGUGUGUGAUUUAAUUGAAGAAGCUAUGCUAGAAAGGACAAUGGAUCCCAAACCAACAGUACGUCUUCAAGCAGUGUUAGCUUUAAUAAGAUUACAAGAUCCAAUGAAUGCAGAGUCUCCAGUGAACAAAGCUUAUUUAUCUUUGAUAGUUGAUGCUAACAUUCAGAUUCGAGUUGAGGUUGUAAAAAACAUUGCCAUUUAUAAUAUAUCUGUUCUUCAAAUAGUAAAUCGGUUAAGAGAUGUAGACAGCAACGUACGCAUAACGGCUUUCCGAAGAUGUGCAGAUUUAGGACCGAGAUUAUUCAAGAUAUUUGAAAGGCAACAUAUACUUAUGUGUGGUUUAUCUGAAAGCGUUCCAAAAGUUAGAAACGUUUUUAUUGAAAAUUUGUUACCGAAGUGGUUGAACACAUACGAAAAUAAUUAUAUAACAUUUUUGAAUGCAUUAAAAUUAGAUGCAGAUGAAAAUGAUAUCGUAAAUACAGAGAAGAUAACUAAAGACGUUUUAAAUCUUUUGUUUAAAUCAACACCACUUGAUCAAUUUACCUCCAUUUUACCUCUUGAUAAAAACAAACUGAUACCAUUCAAUAAGCUGACAAGUGAGGCUGUAGCUGUUUGGAAUAAUUUGACACUGUAUUUGAGAGAUAAUGAUAAUAUGGAAGAUUAUCUAGAAGAUCUUCUUCCAGAUCUCACACCUUUCUGUCAUUAUAUUGAAAGUCUCAUAAUAGAAAAAAGAAAAAAUAAAAUGGAAGACUGGGAGUUGUUAGAUUAUCAAUACAUUUUAAAUAAUUUACUGGGUAUUGCAGAAAACUACGAUUUAUCAGAUGAAGUUGGUAGAAAAACUUUGCAUCAGCUAACAAUAAAAUUAUUACGAGAGGAGAAUUUGUUGUUCAAAUUGAAAGAAAAAAUUGUAACUUUAGUUGAAAAAACUGCUCAAAAAACUGACGACUUCACUAGUAUCAUAUGUCACAUUAUUUCCGAAAUCCAAGAACCAUUAAUUGAGAAACAAGUAGAAGUUGACCCUAAUGAAGACACAAAUAGAGAAUGUAAAAAAGCCGCAUUGAAAGUCAAAAUAAUUGUAUUGGAGUCGCAACUGGAAGAAGCGACAGAUAAGCAAGAGUAUUUGAAAGCAGAAUCUUUAAAAAAUGAGAUGAAUGAUGUUAAAAAGAAAUUACAAGAUUUAUCUAUAAUCAAACCAGCUACUGAAAUGAUCAAAGUUACAAAAGAUGAUCCUAAAACAAUUUGUGAAUGCUUGGAUUUACUUAUUUGUAUGUUGUUACUUCCUUCUGUCAAUUCCAUGACUCCAUCAUUGGUUGCUGUAAAAGACGAAUUCAUAAUACCUUUACUGGAUAGUAAUAUCAGUGAAAUUAACUGGAGGGUAAUUAAAUGUAUAACAUUGUUUUGUCUAAUAGACGAGAAUUUAGUAGGAGAGUAUCUCAAGGUGAUCUGCAUACCAAUUAUUACAUACAGAGCUAUACCAAACUACAACAAGCAAGCAUUAAUUGCUGCAGUAAUGGCUAUCCCAGAUAUGUUCAGAUUAUAUGGUGUAAACGUAUUUAGUAGUAUCGAGAGUGCUAUAAGUGUCAAUUCGAACCAAACUGUAAAUUCAUCAUCCAAUAAGAGGAGAUUAUAUUGUAUUGAAGAAUCUGACGAAAGUGUUAUCUUUGCUAAUAAAUUUCAUUUGGAAUCCAUUAUAGAUGUUAUGUUUGAUAUGUUGGACGAUGAGAUUUGUGAAAUUCGAAAUAUUGCUGUAGAAGCUAUUUCAAAGUUAAUCUUGAAUCAGUUUCCAGUAUCGUCAUUAUUAAUUUCGAGACUAAUACUGAAAUGGUAUAAUCCAUUAACUGCUCAAGCUUCCGACAAAUCACAACAACUCAUAGGAGUUGUAAUUACUAACUAUGCUAAAUCUACUGAAGGCGCCAAAGAUGUUAUAGCAAAAGCUGUUAUCCCAACGUUACAAAGUAUCUCUAAUGCUCCUAGGACUAGUCCUCUUGCAGUUGUUGAUGCUGAUAAUUUGUUACUAUUUAUUUCAACCAUUACAGACUGUGAUGAAAAGAUAGAUGUAUCAAGGACUCAUAUAAAUAUGGCACAUAUGUUUACCUCAGAAAUAUUAAAGAAAAAAAAUGAGGGGAUCGCCAUAUAUCUUUCAAAACUAUUAUUGUAUUUGAAUAUUUCCUCAGAAAGUGUUUCGACUUUGAAGGAAUUAAUAGCUAAAGUGGAAACUGCAUUGCAUGAUGAAAAUCUAUCAGAGAAAACAUUGAGAAAAAAUUUGAUGAAAUUCCAACAAAAACUAAAUACCCUCUUAGAAAACCAAACUCAAGCACAAAUCACCAAUUUGGAAAUAACCGAAAACUCAACUAUGGUUUCAAAUAUAAAAGAAAAUCAAGAUGAUCCUAACAAAGUAAACAAAAAUAAAGUUAAAAAAAAUCAGACAACUACAUUUAUGCCCUUGAUUAGAGAGGAGGAUGAAGAAGAUAUAUUUGAAUCAAGUCAACAUUCAAACACAUCUGAUACAAAUGAAAAUAAUGUCAACAGUUCCAAAAGUGAGGAGAUAUCUAAUGGAACUUGUAUCAAUGAGAAUACUAAAAAAAGAAAUCGGAAGCAGAGAAAUAUGAAUGAAAAUAAUACUGAAAGCUCAGCUAAUAACACUGAUAGUGACGAAGAGUGGCAUAAUAAGAAAAAGUUUAAAAUGCCAGUGGUACUUUUAACCAGAACCAAAUUUCCUGUGAAUCAGAUUAUGGCAAAAAAUAGUGACAAUGAUAAAGAAAUUGGAAAUGUCUCUGACAUUUUAUCCAUAAGUAAAGAUUCUGACAAAAAUAACACAACUAGUGAAGAUAACAUUAGUGCAACCCCAGAAGAUGAAAAAGUUUCGAAGUUAAAAAAAAGGAAGAAACCUUCAUCUAAAAUUAAUAUCUUAGAAGUAGUAACAAUUAAACCUCAGAUGAAGAAUGCUAUAAAUAGUAGGGGUAAAACAAGUUCAGAUUCUGAAAAUUUCAACAAGAAUACCAGUUGCAGCCCAAGGUUACGAUUAAGAUCGAAGAUCACAAAUAAAGAGAGGAAUUCCAAGGAGAAAACUUCUUGUGUCAAGCGAUUAUCAAAAAAUAAAUAUGGUUCAGUAGCUGGAAAUGAGGAUAAGGACAGAGGGGGUACAACAGAAAGAAACUUUGAAGAUAACGACAACCAAAUAAAUAGAGUACUAAGGUCAUUAAAAAGCAACCAAAUAAACGAGAAGAGAGCCAACCAUGUACAAAAAUUGGAUGAAAAGAGUAGUUCAAUUCUAAGUAAACCCACAAAACAAAGUACAAAAACCAUUUUAACUAGUGAUGAAACAAGCACUGAUAGCUUUGAAAAUAUAAGACGCCGUAAAAAAGUAACAAGUCGCGAUGUGGUGAGUCCAAUCUUAAAAAAAAAUAAUAAAAAGUAUACAUCACAAGAACAUUGUGAUUCUGAAAUUACUAGUAGUGGAAAAAGCACUAACGAUUCAACGCAAUCUACAAAUUCUAGUCAGAAUUACAACACCAGAAAUAACACCCAAGUGGCAAAUAAUCAGAAUAAAAUAUUCACAAAUAAAAGAAAUAUUCGAAAACGAAAACAGUUAACAGUUUUAGUCGGUCAUUCUAUGCGCAAACGAAUGAGGUUAAGAAAUGAAACAAAUAAGUAUAACAGUGAAGCAAAUGAAAGUAAGGAAAUCAGAAGCUCUCCCAGAGUAUCCAGAAGUGAGAAAAAUGGGCAUAGUCUGACACCCAAUAAAAAAACACUGGGAACUAGAAAAUCUUCAAAAGAGAGUUUAAAUCAGCAUAAAACUAGUAGUAGCAGCAGCAGUAGUACUACACUACAUACAAUUCUUCCUGAUAUUUCACAGAUUCAGAUAUUCAAUGAUUCAACUUAUUCAUCCAAAAGUAAUGAUAAUCUCGACAUAGUACGAGGUCGCAAAGUUUAAAUACACGUUCUCCGAUUACAAAAAGCAGGCUUCGAAGAAAAAAUAAUUUAUUUGGAGAAUGGAAUGUGAUCCCUUAAGAAAAUCAAAGGAAACGAAAUUUGGAAAAUUUUAUUUAUAUAUUUCUUAUUUGUGUAAUAUAUGUAUAAUAUAACUAAUAAAUGAAUUGAUAUAUAUUUAUUAUCAUAUAAUAAUAUGCAUAGGGCAAAGGAUCACUGUGUCUUUUAUUUUUGAAUAAGGAUGAAAUCUAGCUAUUUGUCAUAUAUUUAGACAGUCAACUUCAAAAAAAAAAUAAAUAUGUAUAUAUUAAAUAAAAUUUUGUAUACGAGGUGCGUUUAAUAUACUCAUACUUAAUUUCUUCUUCUGAUUGAUUUUAUUUUUUUAAUUUGAAAACGUAGUAUUUGUUUCUCGAAAGGAAAGCACCCAUUUCCUAUUUACCGCAACGGAAAAUUAAUUAAAUCUCAUUCAAAGAUAAUGACGCCAAGCCACCAUUCUAGGGAUAUCAAAUCUUUAAUGGCGAGCAAUUGAACGGAAGGAAGCAAAAGGGUCGAUUAGCAUCAGAACUUGGAAAUUAUGUAAUUUAAUGUUUCUAUUAAUUAUCAAAUCUUUAUAUUUUGUUAUGAGAAAUUAUCAUACAAUGUUUUCGACUUAUUUAAAAUUUAAAA